CAAGCCCCACCCCCUCCCUCCAAAGAGGACAGCGGGAGCUACCGAGAAACUGAGAGAGAUUCCCGGUUCCCAAUCGAGCGCGAAGAAGCAGGACACCCCCCUCCAGUGUGAGCCUGAAGAAACAAGGAAGCCGCCUGCUACCUUGGUCCAUCCAGGCCAUGAAUAGCACACGGUCGACGUGGCACGCUAGAUCAUCUCCUCUUUCUCUUCCAGUGGAAAUGGCUACUAUGAUGACGCUUUCUCAGCAUCUGGUCUCCUUUGAGGAAGUGUCUGUGUGUUUCACAGAGGAGGAAUGGGCUCUGCUGGAUCCAGGCCAAAGGGCUACCUAUCGGGAAGUCAUGCUGGAGAACUAUGGGCUCGUGGUCUCUCUGGUUCCCAAACCUGAUCUCAUUUCGCGACUGGAAGAAGGGGAAGAUCCAUUUUUUCCAGACCCCGAGGAAGAGCAGGAAUUGACAGAGAGCUAUAGGGAGCCACAUGUAAUAUCAUCAGAAACAGCCAAUCACAAAGUGGUUGAAAAGGUCUUUUGUAAAAGAGGAAGAAUUAAGCACCCUGUGGAUGGAAAUUUAUUCAGUUCCAAAUCAACCAUGAGGAAGAAACUAUUCAAUUGCAAGGAGUGUGGAAAGAACUUCAAACGGCGUUCAAAUUUCAAUCAACACCAGGGAAUCCAUGAAGAGAAGAAAUCCUAUGAAUGUCUGAAGUGUGGAGAAAUAUUUCUUUCUAGAGCAGGCCUCACUUCACAUUGGAAAACCCACAAAGCAGUGAAAUUAUAUCAAUGCUUGGAAUGUGGAGAGAGUUUCAAUUGUGGGUCAACCCUUAAUUCACAUCAAAGACUCCACUCUGGGGAGAAACCUUUUGGAUGCCUGGAGUGUGGGGAGAGCUUUGUUCAUAGGACACACCUUGCCUCACAUAAAAAAACUCACACAAAUAGUAAGCACUAUAUAUGCUUUGAAUGUGGAAAGAGAUUCAGUACUACUGCAGGCUUAACUGUACAUGAAAGAAUCCACACAGGGAAGAAACCAUAUAAAUGCAUGGAGUGUGGAAAGAGCUUUUGUCAGAUGUCCACUUUUGCUGGACAUCUAAGAACCCACACAGGGGAGAAACCUUUUAAAUGCCUGGAGUGUGGAAAGGGCUUCAAUCAGAGCACAACCCUUACUGCGCACCAAAGAAUUCACACAGGGGAGAAACCAUAUAAGUGUUCAGAGUGUGGUGAGUGCUUUGCUUUGAGCACAAGCCUCAGUUCACAUCAACGAAGCCACACAGGGGAGAAACCAUUUAAAUGCUUCGAAUGUGGCAUGAGCUUCUCUUACAGGACAAACCUUACUUCCCAUAAAAAAAUCCACACAGGGGAGAAAGCAUACACAUGCUCAGAGUGUGGCAAGAGCUUCAAUCGGAGCACAACCCUUUCUGCACAUAAAAGAAUCCAUACAGGGGAGAAGCCAUACACAUGCUCUGAAUGUGGACGAAGUUUCAAUUAUAGCACUCACCUUACUAAACAUAAACAAACUCACACGAUGGAGAACAGAGAGAUGUGUGGCUGUGUAUUUCUUGGAGCGGCUCUGCUGGAUCCAGGCCCGAGAGCUUUGCCCAAGGAAGUCAUGAAGGAAAACUGUGGGAACAUAACUUCUCUGGCUAUUGGGCAGGGCAGUGAGGAUUCUGAAGAGCCAGCUAGAGUGUCUUUGGAAACAAUCAAGCAUGAAGUGGAAGAAGAGACCUUUGGGGAUCAAGACCUGUUGAGGAGGCAGGACAGAAACCAAGUAGACUUCUGUGAAGUUUCAGUCCAAAGAAUACAGAUGGAGGAGAAGCCAUUUAAGUGUUUGAUGUCUGAAAAUAGCUUCAGUCAUAGCACAAGCCAAAUUUCCCACCAGACAAUCCACACUGGGGAGAAAAAAAAUAACUGUCUGGAAUUUGGAAAGGACUUGGGACAGAGCACACAGCAAAGUUCACAUCGGUUAAUUUGUGCAAGGAAGAAGCUGUGUAAAUGCCUGGAAUGUGGAAAGAGCUUCAGUCGAAGUACAAACCUUACAAAACAUCAAAGAACUCACACAGGAGAGAAACCAUUUAAAUGCUUGGAGUGUGGAAAAAGCUUUAGUCAGAGUUCAAACCUUAUUUCCCAUCAAAUAAUUCACACAGGGGAGAAGCCAUAUCAAUGUCUGGAGUGUGGAAAGAGCUUUAGUCAGAACACAAACCUUACUAAACAUGGAAGAAUUCACACAGGGAAGAAACCUUUUAAAUGCCUGGAGUGUGGAAAGAGCUUCAGUCAAAGCUCAGAUCUUAUUUCCCAUCAAAGAAUUCACACAGGUGAAAAACCAUUUAAAUGUCUGAAGUGUGGAAUGUGUUUCAGCCAGAGCACAGCCCUCACGAAACAUGAAAAAAUUCACACAGGAGAAAAACCAUAUAAAUGCCUGGAGUGUGGAAAGAGCUUCAGUUGGAGAAAAAACCUUACUUCACAUCAAAGAAUCCACACACGGGAGAGACCAUAUAAAUGCUUGGAGUGUGGAAAGAGCUUUAGUCAGAGCACAAACCUUAUUAAGCAUGAAAGGAUUCACACAGGGGAGAAACCAUAUAAAUGCUUGCAGUGUGGGAAGACUUUUACUGUGAGCACAACCCUUACUUCACAUCAAAAAAUUCACACAGAGGGGAAACCAUAUAAAUGCCUGGAGUGUGGCAAGAGCUUCAGUCGAACCACAAGCCUUAUUAAGCAUGAAAGAAUUCACACGGGAGAACCAUUUAAGAGUCUGGAGUGUAAAAAGACCUUCUGUUGAAGCACAGACUUUGCUUCCUAUCAAAGAAUUCACCCAGGAUAUAUGCCAUUUAAAUGUCUGGAGUCCAGAAUGAGCUCCAGUCAGAGCACAACCUUUACUAAACAUGAAAGAAUUCACACAGGGAGAAAACCAUAUAAAUGCCUAGAAUGUGAAAAAGCUUUAGUGCAAGGACAAUGCUUGCUAAGUAUCUAACAAUUAACACAGAGGAGAAAAACUAGAGUGUGGACAGAGUUUUAGCCAGUGUUCAUCCCUUCUUUUCCAUCCAAUUGUUCACAGGGAGCUUCAGUCAGUGGAAACACCAUAGGUCAGGGGUGAGGAAUCUCUGGCCGUGGACCAAUCCUGGCCCACCAGGGGGUCCAAUUUGGCCCAUAAGGCCAUUUCUCCCAAACCACACCCACCUGUCAAUCAGCUGAUGUCAGUGGGUUACAAAAGCUGAUGGGCGGGAGGAUGGGGUUCAGUCCUGUUGGGUGCUGCAUUACCAGCACAUUCCCUAUAGGAAUGUACUAGCGAAGUAGACGCCUGCAGAGAGCAGGACUGAAGUCUCCGCUCAUUAGCUGGUGAGCAGAGAGUUCAGUCUUGCUUAGUGCUGCUUCCCCCGUGCGUUCCCUGCGACUGCUGCCCAACCCUGCAGGCGAUUGGCAGGUGGGUUGCCCUGCCCACCUGUCAAGAGUUGGUCCACAGGGUUGGGGGAGAUAAAGAUCUGGCUUGCCGAGCUAAAACGGUUCCCCACCCCGCCUUAGGUGCUUUCAAAGAGUGCAGACAGUGAAGACAACAUAAAAUGCUCAGACUGCUGGCUGGUGUCCAUUGGGACUGGUGGGGCAGAGGGUGACCAGCGGUAGGUGCAGCCAGAGCCGAUGAGAAGCAAAGCCACCCCUUGACUGGUUGUAAGACAGCAGGCAAGUGAGGGCUGUCGGAAGGCAGGUUGAGGUUGGUGGGCCAGUGCCCCAUUGGCCUCAGUGGGCCAGACUUCACUGCUAAGAGCUUUCUUAGUAUAUCAAGCCUUGAUAAAACAUCCAGAAAAGCACACAUGGGAGGAAAUAUGUGUUGAUGUUAGGUGGGGAACUAACUUCAGUGAGUGUUCAAACCUUAAUUAACCUCAAAGAACCUACCAUGGGAAAGAACACAGACAUGCAUUCUCUAUAGCCUUUGUCGUAAGUAUGACCACAUUAUAUAGUUGUUAUUCGUUAUUUUUAAGCUGCCAACAAGGGUUCAGCGUCAUACAGGUUAAAAUGGCAAAAGCACCAUCUCUUAUGGAGAUAAAUUCAAAAGGCAGAAACUGCAGUGAUAUCCAUCUCCCAUACAACAACAUAUUCCAUUUGUCAGAAAGACCACUUCUUUUGGAAUAUGCCUAUGAAAAUGUAGCCCAAAUUGUCAUCUGGCUGUAGCUUUCCAUUUUUGAUAUCAAGAAGCCAAAUCUGUCAUCUUCGCUCAUGCCUAACUACCUUUUCCUGCAUUGGAUUGAGCCACACAUUGAAUGACAUUGUGACAUUUAAGUAAAACAGCCUUGAGUGUCUGUGAACCAUUCCCUCUAGGCGGGGAAUCGACUGUCUUGAGAUUCUCUCAUAUGCAGUAGUGUCUGUAGCCCAUUAAGGCUGGUAGACUACUGGACAGGGCAUGGAACAGGAGAUGGACACUUAAGCAACUCAGCAGUGCAGCUACUUGGCAUGUGUCUUAUACAUCCACUGUUUUAAGAUCUCGCCUUUAUUUUGAAAGCAAACUGAAGAAUAUAGUUGCAUUUUGCCUGCCCUAAAAUCUGCUGCAAUUAAGAAAUGACAAGAGGGAGAAAAGGGUGGCGGUGGCCAGCCUGCAAGAAGGAGAUGUCAUUGUGAGCUUGCUAAGGAACAGAAUUAGAAGGAAAAGAAAGGAGAAAAGUAAAUGAAAGAAAGCAAGGAGAUGAAGGCACAAAUAGCUGUUGGGGCAUUUCAUUAUCUGAGACCGAAUUUCAAUCUCCAGAUGAUACAAUGUCCCAGAACAAAUUCAUGUAUGUGGUGUCUGAAGAAGGGAACAUAAAUUUGCUUCCCUGAAUCAGUUUUUGUUGGGGAGGGGAAACCCCAUGGAAUAGUGAAGGUGUGGGGAACCUUUGUACCUUCAGAUGUUGCUGAACUACAACUCCCAGCAGCCCCAACAAGCAUGGGCAAUGGCCAGGGAUGAUGGGAUAGUAGUCCAGCAACAUCUUGGAGGGCCACAGGUUCCCUACACCUAGCAUAGUGUUUAUCUCAGGGGGCCCAAUGGUAAAAACCAACAGAUUUCUUGGGAUGUGUUACGUUCAAGGUGCUUUUCAUUGUUUAACACUGGCAUGGGGAACCUUCUGGUCUGCAGACCUAUUUAUUUAUUUAUUUAUUAUUUCAAUUUAUAUACCGCCUUUAGCAGAAUAGCUCUCAGGGCGGUGAACAAACAAGAUAAAAUACAAUAUAUCAUAGUAAAAAAUCACAAAAACAUGUACAAACAAACAACAGAAAGCACAACAAAAAUGAAAUGCAACACAAAUUAAGAAGGAUACAUGUUAAAAGUAGAAAGAUUAAGAAAAUUAAAAGAUUAAAAUGCCUGGGAGCAUAAAAAGGUCUUUACCUGGCGCCGGAAAGAUAGAAGUGUAGGCGCCAGGCGUACCUCUUCAGGGAGGCUGUUCCACAACUCAGGGGCCACCACAGAAAAGGCCCUAGAUCUUGUAACCACCCUCCGGGCUUCCCGGUGAGUUGGUACCCAGAGGAGGGCCUUAGAUUCUGAACGAAGUGAACGGGUAGGUUCAUAGCGAGAGAGGCGUUCCACAAGGUAUUGAGGUCCCACGCCGUGUAAGGCUUUAUAGGUCAAAACCAGCACCUUGAAUCUCGCCCGGAAGCAAAUAGGGAGCCAGUGCAGACGCGCCAGAAUAGGUGUUAUAUGCGAAGACCGACUGGUCCUCGUCAAUAGUCUGGCAGCCGCGUUCUGCACCAACUGAAGCUUCCGAACUGUCUUCAAGGGCAGCCCUACGUAGAGUGCAUUACAGUAAUCCAAUCUUGAAGUUACCAGAGCAUGAACAAUGGAGGCGAGGUCGUCCCUGUCCAGAUAGGGGCGUAGUUGGGCUACCAGACGAAGAUGGUAAAAUGCAUUCCGUGCCACCGAGGCCACUUGGGCCUCGAGAGACAAGGAAGAAUCGAAAA